AUGAAAUUACGAUCAAUAAGCACAAUCGAUCAUCCAAAAGAAUUCUUAUUUCCAAUAGAGCCAGAUCUUUCAGCAUCAUUGACUGUGUAGAAUUCAAAGAUAUAUCAAAUAUAUUAAAAAAAUAAGUAAGCUACUCCAAAUAAGCAUCCUUUAUAAUCUUAAUUCAAUUUUACUAAUACUUCUAGAUUAAAAAAUACUGCUUAAAUAUCUCCAUUAAGAUUAUACCCAGAGAAAACAGAACUGCUUAAUUUAUCUUCUUAACGAUCUCUAACACCUUCAUCUAAACCAUAAUAAAUAAAAGUAAAAGGACUUCCUGAGAAAUUCAAUGAAAUAUAAUUUAAAAGAACUUUAAGACAUUAAGGUGUAGGUAUUGUUUAUUGCAGAUAAAAUUACAAUAAAAUUAAUAAUAAAGGUGAUGGAACUGGAGAAAUCAUGCUUGAAGAUAUUUAAAAUGUAAAUUAUGUUAAAAAGAGACUAAAAACUUUUGGAUUAGAAUUAGAAAAUGAAGAAAUACAACAUGGAGUUAAACAUAUCAUAUCUGAGAAAUUUGCUAGAAUUUUGUAGACUGAAAGAAAUAAAACUUCUAGAAAUUAACACAAUUACUUUAGAGCAUGA